CGGUCGCUCCCACCGGAGGACACCGACUGCCCGACUCCAGCCUUACCGUAGUCACCGGCAGAGACCGUCCACACCAGGGGGAGACGCAUGAAGCCGUCGUUCCAGGAUCUGGACUGAUAACUCGGGACUCGUCCGUUUGGUCUGUGUUUCUGCUGGGGAAAAGAAAAAGGGGGAUCUUGUGUGCUGGAGCGACCAGCCGCCUUUCUUCUGUCGGGGCUGCGGUAGAAGUCGUUCACAAUGCCGGUGUUUCACACCAAGACCAUCGAGAGUAUCCUGGAGCCGGUGGCUCAGCAGAUCUCGCACCUGGUCAUCAUGCAUGAGGAGGGGGAGGUGGACGGGAAAGCCAUCCCGGAUCUGACGGUACCGGUGGCGGCUGUGCAGGCGGCAGUGAGCAACCUCGUACGGGUGGGGAAGGAGACUGUUCAAACCACAGAGGACCAGGUGAUGAAGAGAGACAUGCCUCCUGCAUUCAUUAAGGUGGAGAACUCCUGCUCCAAGCUCGUCCAGGCAGCUCAGAUGCUGAAGGCAGAUCCAUACUCUGUUCCUGCGCGAGACUACCUCAUCGACGGAUCCAGAGGGAUACUGUCUGGAACGUCCGACCUCCUCCUCACCUUCGACGAGGCCGAGGUGCGUAAGAUCAUCAGAGUGUGUAAAGGCAUCCUGGAGUAUCUGGCUGUAGCUGAAGUGGUGGAGACCAUGGAGGACCUCAUUACUUACACCAAGAACCUGGGACCAGGGAUGACCAAAAUGUCAAAGAUGAUUGAGGAAAGACAGCAGGAGCUGACGCACCAGGAACACAGACAGAUGCUAAUUAGCUCCAUGAACACUGUCAAAGAACUGCUGCCUGUUCUUAUAUCAGCUAUAAAGAUUUUCGUCACAACCAAGAGCAGUCAUGGUGCCGGUGUGGAGGAGGCAGAGAGGAACCGGAGGUUUACCUUUGAAAAGAUGAGUGCCGAAAUCAACGAGAUCAUAAGAGUCUUACAGCUCACCACGUGGGACGAAGAUGCUUGGGCUAACAAGAAGGACAUGGAGGCUAUGAGGAGGUCUCUGGCUCUGAUUGAGUCUAAGAUGGGACAGGCUAAAAGCUGGCUCAAAGACCCCCAUGCACAACCAGGAGACUCGGGGGAAGUCGCCUUGCGUGUGAUCUUGGAUGAGGCCGGUAAAGUCGGAGAGCUGUGUGCUGGGAAGGAGAGGAAAGAUGUUCUGGGAACCACUAAGGCUCUGGGACAGAUGACCGACCAGGUUUCAGACCUGCGUGCCAGAGGCCAGGGCCCGUCCCCAGGGUGUGUGCAGCGUGCGGGCCAGUGUUCACAGGGUUUAGAUCUGCUGUUUGGCAAGGUGGACAGCGCUGCCCGCAGACUGGAGGCGCUAAUCAACGCCAAGCAGGCCAUCGCCAGGAGGCUGGAUGCAGCACAGGCCUGGCUGGCUGAUCCUAACGGUGGUCCUGAAGGGGAGGAGAACAUCAGAGCAUUGCUAGCAGAAGCCAAACGUAUUGCCGAUCUGUGUGAAGAUCCUAAAGAGAGGGACGACAUCCUGCGCUCCAUCAGUGAGAUCGCAGGCCUUACCGCCAGACUCGUAGAGCUACGCAGGCAGCUGAAACUGCAGCCUCCUGUCGCCAAUAGGUGGCAUCUCUUACCUGCUUGGAAAAUAUGUUGUUGCCUAUCAACGCUGGGCCUCACUCCUACGAUAAGGGGUAAAGGUGACAGUCCGGAGGCCCGUGCGUUGGCCAAGCAGAUCGGGGCAGCGCUGCUGACCCUGCAGUCCAAGACCAACCGGGCUGUGGCCAACAUGAGGCCAGCCAAGCCUGCCCUCACGCUGGAGGGCAAGAUGGAGCAAGCGCUGCGCUGGGUCAACAACCCCGGAGUGGACGACAGAGGAAUAGGUCAGGCAGCAAUCAGAGGAAUGGUGGGGGAGGGGCGGAGGCUGGCAGGAGGCCUGGUGGGCCCAUACAGACAGGAUCUGAUUGGACGCUGCGACCGAGCAGAGGCUCUAACGGCGUCCCUGGCGGACAUGGCUGCCAGAGGUGAGGCAGAGGCUCCUCACGCACGAGCCACGGCCUCGCAGCUCCAGGACAGCCUCAAGGAUCUGCGGGGGCGGAUGCAGGAGGUGAUGACCCAGGAAGUGUCUGAUGUCUUCAGUGACACCACCACUCCAAUCAAAUUGCUGGCUGUGUCUGCAACUGCUCCCCCUGACGCCCCCAACAGGGAGGAGGUUUUUGAAGAGCGUGCAGGGAACUUUGAGGCCCACGCAAGUCGUCUGGGGGCGACGGCAGAGAAGGCUGCUGCCGUGGGAACAGCCAAUAAGAGCACAGUGGAAGGGAUACACGCUGCUGUGAAACACGCCAGGGAGCUCACGCCACAGGUGACUUCUGCUGCUCGAAUUUUGUUGAAGAAUCCCGGAAACCAAGCAGCAUAUGAGCACUUUGACACCAUGAAGAACCAGUGGAUUGACAACGUGGAGAGACUCACUUGUCUAGUGGAUGAGGCCAUAGACACCAAGUCGUUGCUAGAUGCCUCUGAGGAGGCCAUCAAGAAGGACAUCGACAAAUGCCGCGUCGCCAUGGCAAACGUCCAGCCCCAAAUGCUCGUUGCCGGGGCAACAAGCAUAGCAAGACGGGCUAAUCGGGUCCUGCUUGUGGCUAAAAGGGAAAUGGAGAACUCUGAGGAUCCGCGGUUCAGAGAAACUGUGAAACACGCCUCCGAUAUCCUGUCACACACCAUCUCACCCAUGGUGAUGGACGCUAAGGCAGUCGCUGGGAACAUCCAAGAUAAAGCUCUGCAGAAGGCCUACCUGGACUCCUGCCUGAGGAUCCUCGCUGCCGUCGGAAAAGUCAGAGAAGCCUUCCAGCCUCAGGAGCCUGACUUCCCACCUCCGCCUCCUGAUCUAGACCAGCUCCAUGUUAGUGAUGAGCAGGCGCCACCCAAGCCCCCCUUGCCGGAGGGGGAGGUGCCCCCGCCUCGCCCCCCUCCUCCAGAAGAGAAGGAUGAGGAGUUCCCAGAGCAGAAGGCCGGCGAGGUGCUCAGCGAGCCCAUGAUGGUGGCGGCCAGGCAGCUACAUGACGAGGCACGCAAGUGGUCCAGCAAGCCUGAGGAUGAGGAGGCAAUAGAGGAGAGAGAGGUAGAUGAUGAAGAUGAGUUUACUGAUGGUGAGGAUGACUAUGAGCCAGAGCUGCUGAUGAUGCCCUCCAAUCAACCUGUCAAUCAACCCAUUCUGGCUGCUGCCCAGUCUCUCCACCAGGAGGCGCGCAAGUGGUCCAGCAAGGGUAAUGACAUCAUAGCAGCAGCCAAGCGCAUGGCUCUGCUGAUGGCAGAAAUGUCCCGGCUGGUGCGUGGCGGGAGUGGAAACAAACGAGCUCUGAUUCAGUGCGCGAAAGACAUCGCAAAGGCCUCAGAUGAGGUGACAAGGCUGGCUAAAGAGGUGGCCAAGCAGUGCACUGACAGACGCAUCAGAACCAACCUCCUGCAGGUGUGUGAACGAAUCCCCACCAUCAGCACUCAGCUAAAGAUCCUCUCCACCGUCAAAGCCACCAUGCUGGGACGAACCAACAUCAGCGAGGAGGAGUCAGAGCAGGCGACGGAGAUGUUGGUCCAUAACGCCCAGAACCUGAUGCAGUCGGUGAAGGAGACUGUAAGAGAAGCAGAGGCCGCAUCUAUCAAGAUCCGCACAGAUGCAGGAUUCACCCUGCGCUGGGUUCGCAAAACCCCCUGGUACCAAUAAACAAACCUGGCUGCUGAAAUUAGUCACACUCUCAACCUGGCACCGACUAUACACACACACACACACACUUCCAGUCCAGAUAGCACACAAUAAUCCCUGUUAUGGAUAUCAUACAAGUGAACAUACACACUUCUUCAAAUAGGAAAGUUCACCCAGUGCAGGUGAUUUGUAUCCCUCCUCCACUCUGGUUUGGGUGUGUGUUACCAGGAACUAUAAUUGACAGCGCCAGGCCGCAGGUUUGAAUUAACCUGCUGGGGUGAAUUCAGCUUUGCUCUGCAGUCUUUUACCUGUAACUAUGGUGUCAUGUUGGCUAACCGGAGACAGUUUUUAAUAUAUAUUUUUGGUAUGUUGGGUUACAAGAGUUUAUCCAAAUCCCAGGUAUAUAUUUUUUGCAUGAGAAGUUUUUCUAUUUUUUAAAGGCGAAUUACGACAUUAAGAUAUUAACUCUCAGAGGACUUUUACUUUUGGUUCCGUUUUAUCAGAGUUUCUUAUUGUCUAUUGUAAAUAUUUAUUUGUUUUAUGGACAAUACUCAGCUAUGAGCUUUAUUCACUGAUUUCGACAUGAGAGUGCGGAGCCUCGCCGGGGCUGAUUGCACACACACUCUCCUCUCUUCAUGUUUACUUUAAGUGAUAACACUGUUCUUAAUUGAAGAUCUGCAAAGUGAAAAGUGACUGUUGUCAGGUGAUGUUUUUACUUGAAGAGUUUUAUGACUCUUGAGCUCAUGUUACCCUUCCAAAACCUGUUGUAAGCCCCAAAAAAUGAAUGGCUGUAAUAAUAAAAAGGCAUGACUGACAAGAUAUUUUGGAGAUAUGAGGUUUUCACCCGACAGCAGCCUUGAUUAUGUGAGGGUUGAACUCAAGGUCCGUUUAAAUGAAUGUCAUCCAAGUGUGCUUUCAGUUCUUUAUUGUUUUCGUUUACUUUUAUUUAAACUUUCACAAUGAACAAUGCCAAAGGAUUUGUUUUACAUUGUUGUAAGCUACGUGAAGUUGUUUUUUUGUUGUUGUUGUUGUUGUUGUUGUUUUUCAUUUAACACUCUUAAAACCCAGGUUAAUGUAAGCCGAGAGAACAAGAAAGAAAGAGCUUUUGGUUGAAAGAGCCUGGAGUGCUUCUUGAGAACUUUUUUUUUUUUUUUUUAGCAAAAACAUUGAAUGUUUUUUUUGUUUUUCUGCUGUCAUUUUUUUAAAUGAAGUGCUUAAUUUCUGCAAGAGCUCUGUGGCUCUGUGACAGUUGAACUGUUUACUGUAGGACUUUUACAUACAUUAUCAAAACCAAUGAUUUUGGACAGCCUCCAAACAGCCCUUUGUCUAGACCCCUCUGUGUAUGUCUAUGAAUGUGUGUUUGUGUGUGUGCGCGUGUGUGUGCGUAUGUGAGCCCUCUUGUCUCAUUUGUUCACACUGAGGAGAGAUUUACUAGAUUACUCCAGUGGUUUGUGAAUAAUAUGAUAUUUUUGUGUGAUAUCUAUCAUAGCUGUCAAUCUAGUAUUUAAAUCUGAGUCAGGCAACUAUUUGACAGGAGUGUUUUUGUCAGUAGCAGGUAGGAAACACAUCUGAGACAUUUUGCCAACACCUAAAUGCCAGUUUAUGGUUUCACGACUGCUUAUAAUUCGACUUUUCAUGCAAGCAGUUCAGAGCUAGUUGUUUUUUUGUUUUUUUUUUAAAUUAUUAUAAUUAUUUUCUUAUGCUGUUAAUUGAUUCCAUCUCCUAAAUGCAAUUCAUCAAAGGUGAAUAGAUAUUUUUAUGUUGGCUGGGCAAAUAUUAGUAUAACUGUUACAUGGAGAAUCUGUAUGUGUGAGUGUGUGUGUGUGUGUGUGUGUGUGUGUGUGUGUGUGUGUGUGUGUGAGAAACCUCUUCACUUAAUGAAACAGUAUUAGUGGGCUGUCACAAUGAUGGUUAGGGGACAGAGCUCUGGCUACAGCAGCACUGAAUGUUUGUUUACUGCAAUUUAUAUUAUGGCCUACUGAGCAUGUAGCAGUCGCUGACCCCCCGUCUGAUGGAUGGGGUGCAGUGAUGUGUGUGUGCGUGUGUGUGUGUAAUGUUUCACACUGAAUGUACUAAGAUAGCUUAUAGCCCUGCCAACACAUCUGCUGUGCCUUGGAGUAAUAAAGGACAUUAAUGAA